GCGUUUAUGAGAAUAUGCAUUACAGCGAUAUCGCGUGUCCUCGCGUGUGUCUGUCUUUUUGGUUCUUCUUCUUCUUCUUCUUCCUCUCCUUGCCCUAUGCUUUCCGCACCGCUCGUAAAGCAGACAAAGCGACUCUACUCCCAAACACGACACAGUCCUCGACGGGUUUGUCGACCGAAAAUAUACACGAUGCCCGAUAUCCCCAGCGCGCAGAGGGCAGAGGGAGCAGCGGGAGUGCUCCUAUAGGACCUCUCCGAACAAUCCCGUUAGUGGCUUGGCCCGCCCAAUGGCAGGGUCAGCAGCCUCCGAGCGCAGCGCGGUUCUGUCCGCGGCGCCUCCGCGAUGCUCCGGGCCGACCGGGUGUCGUUGCUAUUUUACUUAAAAGGCGAACGGAGCCGCGUCGCUCUUCUCCACACUUUUUCCUCUUCUCUCGAUAUCCCGCGGGACGGGCGAUUCGGAGCCUCAGCACGUGGAGGUGCGGCGAUAGGAGCGGCGACGGGCCACCUCCCAGGCGUCUGACAGCAUGCACACCAUUUCUGGAGAGUACGUACAGUACGCGUCGACGGAAGCGCACGGUCACAGGUCACGGGUCACGGGCGCAGAUACCGACAGCUUAUAAAUCCUCUCGAUCGGAGUUGGGUCGACCCCGAGUUGGAAGAGAGGGCGGGGGAGAAGGGGGGAAGGGGUGUGCGUGUGCGCGCAUGUGGGAGGGAGGCAGAGAUGGAAGGGCAGAGAAGCGGAGAGAGCGUGGACAUAAGAUAGCACAGGGCAGUCCGCCUUUGCGUGCUUCUCCUGUGCUGUGCUGUGCUCGAUUGACCUCUACCCGACUGCACAAGUGCGCUUGGCGUAUUCGCUGCCAAUUGGGCACCCACGUGUGGGUGCGCGAUCCUCCUUGCUCCCUGCUAUUGUGUUACGGGCUCAUAAGCGGCCGGCGCUGCGUCGCCAUGUCUGCGGAAGCGGUCCAGGUGCACUUGCACGUUCCCAAUCAGAGAGGCAAAACGCGGGCGAGCGAGAGAGAAAGCGAGAGAGAGAGAGAGACGAGGAGAGAGGGAGAACGAGAGAGGCAGGGCGCGAAGAUGAGAGCCAGCCCUGGUCCCGGUCUGUUCCCCUCCGUGGCUCGAGGAGGGGAGUCUUGUGUCUCGUGGGAUGUUGCGGCAGGAUGGCCAUCUCCGGAGCCAUCCCGCGCUCCGUGGCAUAGACGAAAUAUUUCAAACCUAGAAAAAAAGUAUUCCUUAUUGCCUUGGCGACUCACGAGAAACCCCGCAAGGCGCCGGUGGCACUGACUGGUCUAGCAUUUCGUGUUGGGUUUACGGGGACAGGUGUGUGGUGUAGAUGCGGGUGUGUGGGGGGGGGCAGGCCCUUGGCAGAUUCGCCCUCCGCCGGGGCUAGCCAUCGUCCGUAUA